AUGCCUGCUCACCAUCAGUCUCCCAAUCCUCAUAUGAGCGCCACUUUCUAUCCAGGCAAUGUUGAUGCUUUCCAAAUGCCAGAAGUGAUUUCUCCAGCACCUCAGAGGGUGAUGCCAGAAGUCCCGGAAAAUAUGCAAGAUAACCUCGCCCACCUCGAACGGGAAGCCUACACCCCAGGCCGUAUGGCCAGCCAACAUGCCCAGUACGAUUACCAACAACCACAACCACAACAACAAUACCCAAAUCGAACAUCGUCGGUCCCGAACCAAGGUUAUCCGCAGGAUGACCGGUCAUACUCAGACGCUUACGGCCAGGAAGCGUACGGACAACCUCUGCAGUCCUUGAGCGAGCCGCCUAAUUUCUCUCCCUUUCCCGUUCUGCGGAACCCCCCGCCCAAUGUCCCUCCAACCGAUGAUCAACGAGAAGCAAAUUUAGAGAGUGGCCGCAUUGCAGUCCUGAAUUCAAGUGACCCAGAAAUGCAACUUGCCUGGGCUCAAGAUGCCCUUUCAUAUGUCGAAGUUGCCAUGCAAAACGAGAUCCGCAUGGCCGCCUUCCAACCCCCUAGACCGCAAACCCCACAGAUUGAGCGCCAACUGAAAACUGACGCCAUCAACGUCGUUUCUUUCCUGGCUGAGCAGAGUCACCCUAGAGCGUUGUUUAUCAAAGCAAUGUGGCUAGAAUUUGGAAAAUUCGGUUUCCGCGUUGAUAAAAAGGAGGCUUUUCUAUGUUACUCUCAAGCUAGUGAGAAAGGGUAUGCAAGGGCGGAAUACCGUAUGGGCAUGCAAUUUGAAAAUUCAGGCGAACCUCUUAAAGCGAUCAAACACUAUGAGCGUGGUGUCAGUCUAGGGGAUUCUGCUUCUAACUAUAGACUUGGCAUGAUGAUCCUCCUAGGGCAACAUGGACAACGCCAGGACUAUGCUGCAGGUUUAGAUCAUAUUCGAUAUGCCGCACAAACCUGCGACGAAAAUGCUCCUCAGGGAGCCUACGUAUACGGAAUGCUACUGGCUCGUGAGCUGCCCCAGGUUGUUGUUCCAGACGAAUAUCUUCCGUAUGAUUUAAAUGCUGCCAGGAUUAACAUCGAGAAAGCGGCCUACCAUGGGUUUGCAAAAGCUCAAGUGAAAAUGGGAGCUGCUUACGAACUCUGUCAACUAGGCUGUGAUUUUAACCCUGCUUUAUCUCUUCAUUAUAAUGCUCUUGCCGCACGGCAAGGUGAACCUGAGGCUGAAAUGGCAAUCAGUAAAUGGUUUCUAUGCGGACAUGAGGGGCUUUUUGAGAAAAAUGACGAGAUGGCGUAUACCUAUGCGAAACGGGCUGCUCAGAGUGGACUGGCAACAGCAGAAUUCGCCCUCGGCUACUUCCAUGAGAUUGGAAUAUACGUUCCGGUAAAUAUCAAGGAAGCGAGGGUCUGGUACGCAAAGGCCGCAGCUAGGGGUAACAAGGAUGCUAGCUCCCGGAUCGAGAGUAUAUCUCGUUCCAAAACCCUAUCGAGAAAGGAUCACGAGCGCGUUGCCAUAGCGCGCAUAAAAUCGCAGUAUGCUUCCCAUGGACGGGCUCAACGCUUUGCGGAACCCCAGAGCGUGCAACCUAUUCAACAAGAUACCUUGGAAAUGCCAGACCCAUCGCGCAUGACCAUUUCCAGUAGGGAACCUAGGAACCAUCGACCAAUGUCGGCAGCACCAUAUCCAGAAGCGCCUAACACCGGUUAUGUCAACCCCCCAGGUCAGUACAGUCCAAACAUGCGAUCAUCCUCUGCCUUUGGAAUCAAUCCGAACAUCCGCCCUCAUUCUGUCAAUCCGGGCGGACCCAUGCAAGCCCAUAUCCCGCCCACUGGCGGACCAGUACAUCCACAAGCCCAAGGUCUCCGACCAGAACCCGGAACGCCGAAAUUGGACAUCGGCUACUCCGCACCUCCAGACCCUUCCGGUGCUGACCGAAGAAGGCGCCUUCAGCGCCCUGACCACUCAAAUCACAAUGGGUCCAUGCAAUCCAUGGGCCCGGGCCAUGGUGGUAUUUCGCACCCAGACCCUCGAGGAAAUCGUUUGCCCUCCUCCUCACAUCCACCUUCAGGCGUCCACUACCCCCCUCGUGGUGAAUCGAAGCCUCUAAAGACUUCCUCCCCUGCCUCGUCAAUGGUGCGACCUGGUCAGAACCCCUCUCAUUCGGCUUCCCAUGCGUCACAAAAGCCGGCAGGUGGACUACCUGGCAAAGGACCUAAAACAUUCGAGGAGAUGGGAGUGCCACAAGGCAAGGGUGAUAGUGAUUGUAUCGUGAUGUGA